AUGUGCCAAGAUGGGGCUUGGGUGGACCCUCAAGGAGGACCAGGUCUCAUCGCCCUUCAGUGCGUGGCCUGCACACGCGCGACGCCAAGGGCGGACAGCAGCAGCCUCCGGGACUUCAUGGCGGCUUCGCAGCAGGAGAGAUGGUGGCUACAGCGUCAUCCUGUUGAGAUCCGGUCGUGGGACAACCUCUGCCUGACCAGCGACAGCGCUUCAAAUACUGGGGUGACGAUCUCCUUCACAGAUCCAGUGGAGGUGCCUACAUCCAGUCGUCGUCGACGCGACAUGGACAGCGGCGAGUCGUAUGGCUCAGUGACGUGGGGGGGCUCCAGCUCAUAUAAAUAUGGUUGGACGGGUGAUGGCGGCCACUGCGUCUUCAACCAGCGCACCGAGGUGGUAGGCGGCUUUAAAAGUUUUUCGAUUGCUGGCAACCAGGAGAAGAAAGAGGACCUCCCAGGCUUUCUCCAAGGCAUGCAGUACACCGUCAGCUUCAAGGUCAAAGCUCUCCCAAGCGUCUCUUCCGGCGUGUCAGUCCAUUGGAGCUCGAACACGCAGAGCUGCGACGGGUCCUCCUGCCCUGCGAAAAAGAGCUGCCCAUCAGGAAGAACGCUGGUCAAAUGCGAAGCUGUGACCGACAUCGCGCCCAGCAACAAAGAUCCCCUUGGCGUGCAGGUCACAUCGGGUGGCGAGUGCCGAGCAUAUGGCGCCACCGGCCUUGGCGCGGACGUCCGGGUGGGCAACGAGAAGUCCAAGCCCAGAGGAGACGCGUGGUCGGAUUAUGCCACCUGCGGCGCGAGUGGGUACGUCGCAGUGACACCUGCAAGGAUGUGGGCAGGAAUCAAUUACGACGGGGCUGGGCGUCGUCGCAGGAACUCCUGGGAUCUCAAUCUCAUCUCCAACAAAGCCGACAGUGAAAAGACCAGUAUCUGCCCGGAGGGCACGUGGCUGAAGAAAAUGGAUGUCUGCUCGGGCUCAAAGUGGGAUGGCGUGUUUUCCGGAGUCUGUACCGAUGGUACCACCAUGAACACCAAGAACGAAGCGUGCGGUGGACGGAGACGUCGUGGUGCCAGACGUCGGAAUAACCAGAUGGACAGGGCAUCCGGAGCCCGGCGGGUUUAUGGCCAGGCCGGGAGCAAUGCCGACAAGGUCUGCAUCCACGGCGGGCAUUGCCAAGGCACGCACAAUUCAAAUUAUUUCGACUACACCUGCGGAGAUAACGGCCUUCUUGCCGGAUUCAAGGAAUACGAGCGCCGGAGAAGCAUUAAGUUCUCGUGCAGAGAGAUGCGUCCAGUUGUGAAGGCCUUUGAUUGCACUGACAGCGGAUGCAGGGCCUUGUGCGCCAACGACGAUUGCAAGAUCAAGCCUUUCUGCGUGAAGGCGCAUACAAACUCGGUGGAAUCGGGAACCGAAAAAACCUCCUCCGGCCCUGGUGCCUGGACCGACUGGGCGACGUGCCCCACCGGCUUUAAGGCGGUCGGGCUCCGCUACAUGGAGCUGAUCGGGAGCUUGGUUGAUGCUGACGUGACCAGCCUGAGCGGCCUGGAGUGCGGCGACGAUGGAUGCAGAGCCAAGAGCCCGCGCACGAGGGUGAAGAUUCGCCCGGCCUGCAUGCGCCAUACGAGCAUGGCCUUCGGCACGAAGACGGAGAAGACUGGCACUGGCUGGUCGCCUGUGUCCGGCUGCCCUUCUGGCUACAACCCCAUGGGCGUGGCAAAGGCCUACAUGCAUGGUAACUGGGACACAAUGCGGAUCUGGGAAUGCGACACGUCUGGCUGCAAGAUCUACUGCGUGGGCACCCAAAAGUGCGAGAUCGUGACCGCCUGCAUCUCCGCAAAGACCACCGUAAGAUUGGAUUGCUCAACCGAUCACCGAAACUUGAUCGUCAGAACAUCAACUGGCACGGGGACGCGAACACCUUCGAGCUGUCCCUCCACUCACCACAGUGCCCGGUGCCUGUGCUAUUCUGCCACGCAGGGCAAGUGCAGCCCCAGCCGGCGCCGAUACGUUGGUCAAAGUGGCUGCUCGGUGAACUUCGGAACGUCGUCAGGUCGCGUGACGAGACUCUGCACACAAGGGACGGGCUCGAUUCGCACCUACCUGGGGAGCCAGGCCUCCCACAUCUAUGAGGAUUUGACGGCCGCGCCUGUUACAAAGUCGCACAGCUUCACCGCUCAGGGGUCAGGAAAGCUGCAGCUCAGGGUCCGUGGGUUGGCGCCCAGUGGUGUUACGCUCCAUGUGUCAGAUCUUAAGAUCGUUGACUCGACCACCACCUUGGCCGACCAAAGCUUGCUGAUCGAUCUGGAGAACAAAUGCUCCGGCUCGCGCUGGGAAGUACAGCUGCCGGCGACUCCCGAGGGGACCCCGUAUCUGGUCACGGUUACCUACGGAGACAAGAGGGCGGCGAUUCAGACAUCAGCCUGCUCUAUUGGAACCUCUGGACAGAUGGUGGGCGCCAAGGCCAGCCCGGAGACGGUCUCCAAGGGCUCCACCAAGAGCGUGACCAGGACCGUGUUCGUGAAGGGAAACAGCGACGGACGCGGGAAUUUGGUGUUUGCUGGGGAGUCGGCGGGUGGCUGCACAGGGGUGCGGAGCAUCAGCGCCCAGCGUGAGGAUUCAGUUUUCUGGGCCUCCUGCGGAACUCCCUUCAGCCAGGUUUGGAACUUGGCGGCAUCGAAGCAGGCGCCUGGGAACAUCCAGCUCGUGCACCGUGGGCGUGCGGCUUCCGGAUCUGGGGCAUUGGCCUGCGUCGAUCCAGCCACCGGCAAGAUGGCCACGUGCGCCCACAGUGUGGAGGAGCACGUCAAGCAGGUGUUUUCCAUGGACUACUUGGCCCCGCUCGUGGCGCAAUGGACACAGUUCGAGUCCGGGCAGAACCUGCAGCAGGGCUCAUGUGUCAGGGCCCACGCAAAGUAUCUCCCAAACUUGGACAUCAACUCGAACCUCGUGUCGUGUGGCACUGGGCAGGUUCUGAGCUCAUUUCUGUUCCGGCAAGACAGCACCUGCAACCAUGUGGACUACUACCGCUACUUCUACACCUGCACCACCAUCAUACCAGUCACGGGGAUUGCAUCCUGCUCACAGAAGUCGACGCGGUGCGUCGCCCACAGCAGCCCGGCAAAGCCGAUCCCCACGUCUGGGAGCUCGAUCGCCACGAUGUCGGCGCUCACUGUGAAGCAGGAACACUGCUCACCAAGUUCGCCUACACCGACUGCACCGGCGACGAUGGUCAUGGAUACAAGUACACCUACACUUGCUGCCCCGUCCAAGGUCUGGGCGACUGCCAGGAAAUCAACACCGAAUGGGGCGAAGUGGGGGCACUGA